AUGCCAACAGGUAUUGAAAAUCCCGAACGGAUCUCUCAACUUUAUCGAUCAACCCCACCACCACCUCCGGAUGAAUAUGGUCUAUCAACCACAGCAUUCUAUCCCGGAUUCUUAGGAUCAGGUAACAGCUACGAUGAUGAAGAAUUCAACUAUGCCAAUGGAUCACCUAGUUCAAGCUCAUCUUCAAGAUCUUGUUCACCUCGAUUACCUUACUUGGUCGAUUCGCCUAAACCCACUUCGUCUACGUCCACAUCAGCCAAACACCCUUUCUCAUCUCAUUUUCAAAACAAAGCUCCCUCGCCAACGAAGUCCAAGGAGAAAACAGAUGGAUUACUCCCUACCCGUUCGAAAUCCACUCCGUUAGGCUUCGAGAUAGGUCGAGACUCUUCGAAGAGUCCUGUCGGUACGAAGAAGCGACCUGUUCCGCUGAACCUUGAUAAAGCACGAGAUACGGUAGGGCUGGAUGAGGAGAUAGUGAUACAGCGGGAUGGUACCGAGGGGAAUAGACCGUUGACUGCUUGUUCCGUUAUCAGUGAUGGUGCAAGCUCCCUUUCCAACGAACUCCAAGAUCUAUCGCUCCUCCGUAAGACCGUUAGACAGAACCUUAAAGCUAGACCUUUAGAUUCACCUUUACCCGCCUCUGACUCCGAGAAAGAGUCAACUGGAUUCCCCACUCCUGACUAUAUGCGCAACUCUCAUACUCAACAACAACAACAAUCAUUAACUGCAUUCGAAGGUCAAACGAUCUCUGUCGACGAUACAUUGAGGUUACUCCAGACAUCUCCGCAAUUGUUAAUCAUUGAUACUAGACCAUUGGGAUCGUUCCUUGAUUCUCACCUACCCCGCUCUGCCAAUAUUUCUAUACCUUCUCUGAUAUUCAAGAGAUUGAGAAAAUCGCCCGGUGGUCAAGGUUCGACAAACUUGGAAUCUCUAGGAGGUUUCGUAUCUACUCAAGCUGGAAGAUCAAUCUGGGACAAUCUGGAGACUGAUAAACUGCUGGACGUAGUCAUUGUAGGAUCAACAGCAUUGGACGAGUUAGCAAAAGUUUUGUAUGGCAUAAUAAAAGGUCUACUCGAGAUCGGAAACUCGUCGGUCAAGGUCCUUAAAGGUGGUUGGACAAGCGUCGCUACUUCAGCAAAUGCUCAAGAUGUAUUAGUAUGCGGAGAGGAUAGUAUUUCUGCUCGACCGUCUUUAGCGACCUCUUUACCCCCACCGAAAUCAGCUCCAGCAUACGAUAUAUCACCCGUUCCACCCCCAAUCCCACCCUCAUCUCCUCCGAAGGGAAUCAAUCAUCGACCGUCCAUGCCUUCCCUUCGACCUGAGAAUAACAACAGACGUAAUCUACCUUCUUUGUCCAUCACAGGCGGUAAUGCGAACCAUAUGAAUGGACCAUCAACCUCCCGUCGCACUCCUAAACUCAGUUUGAAUCUUGAUAAACCCUUAAAGAGCGCUACGACCGGUUCCUUCAAAUUAGAUCAUGGUCAACCGCCCCCUACACCCAGCGUAAAAUUCAGCGGUCCAAGGUCCAAAUCAGAUCUACUUUCUGUCAAUACUCUUUCUACCAACAACGGUUUAAGAUCCCCUCGAUCACCUGGAUUCACAUUGAAUAUACCGAAGUCGCCCAAUCGAAUAUCCGGAUCUGGUUCGUUCCAGACAUUGUGCCAUGAACAAUCGAAAUUACCUCCUUCACCUAGUAGUUUUGGUGAUGUCAAGCAUUUUGUAGGUGAAGAUGAGGAUCUUCAACAACAACCUAGAACACCAUUACCUGGACAAUCAUGGAACUUUGCCAAAGAUAAAUUAUCAAGUUCUGACUUAGAUCCAGAAGACGGUAAUGGUAGUGGGAAGAAUGGUAUUGCACCAUUUAUUGUAUCUACCAUCUUGCCUUCUUUCCUUUAUCUCGGACCUGAAAUUACCACUGCGGAAGAUGUGAAUUAUCUGAGGAAAUUGGGUAUAAAGAGGAUAUUGAAUGUGGCAAUUGAAUGUAAUGAUGAUUCAAAUCUGAAAUUGAAAGAGAACUUUGAUCAGUAUCGUAGGAUACCUAUGAGGGAUAUUGUGGAAGAGUCGGGAGUUGGGAGGGGAAUGAGGGAAUCUUGUGGAUUUUUAGACGACGCAAGGUUACAUUCCGCCCCAACAUACGUACACUGCAAAGCCGGCAAAUCGCGAUCCGUCACUGUCGUCUUGGCAUACCUAAUUCAUGCUAAUGCGUGGACUCUCAAAACGGCUUAUGCCUACGUGGCAGAACGUCGUAAAGGGAUAUCACCAAAUAUAGGAUUUGUGGCUGAGUUGAUGCAAUUUGAGGAAUCUGAAUUGGGAUUGAAGCAAUCUGGUGGAGUUCAUGGAGACGGCGGGGAUAGUUCAGGAGGAGAGGAAGAGAGGGAAAGGAGGAAAAUGAAUAAUCGUACUAGGGAGAGUUUACCGCCUACUUGGUCGCAUAGUUUGGAUAUUACCUCACAUUAUAAUAGGAAUAGGAUGUCACCCCUUGGCGGCGAUGCGGCUCAUAAUGGAACAGAGGAGAAAGGGAGGGAUGAAGUUGAUGAUGAAGAUGAGGCAGAUAAGAAAAGGAGACAAGUAGGGGAUGAGAGGGAAGUUAGGAAAAAUGGUCAAUGGGUACAUCAUCGAAGAGCUCCAGUGGAUCGGACGACCCUGCAACCCGGCCGACGAGUCUCCAAAGCAGGCUUGGAAUCUCUAAGACCAUUAAAUACAACUUCCAUCACUUCGCCCAAACCUUCGCCGUCGCCUUCGCCAGCCUUGGGAGGUAAUCUGAAGGAGAAUGACAAGAGGAUCAAUCAUUCUGUGACCCCCGCUGGGGAUGGUCCGUUGAAGUGGGUUUGA